AAAACGUACACCUUUUGACCUCUAAUAUUAUUCAGGUAUGGAAAUAAAGACUCCUAUUCCACAGCAGUGUGAUCCAGUCCUGGUUUCACUGGGAGUUUAAUAAUCAGACACACCCUGAGCUUGUUAGCUAGACACACUGGGGGCUGAUCAAGCUGGGAGCAGUAAAACCUGGACUGGAUCACACUGCUGUGCGAUAGGAGUACGUGCAGAAUCAGUCCCCUCGAAUUGUUUUUAUAGUGCCCGUUUAGACUCCCACGCCACAGCAAUAUCUUCCAACAGCUCGGGAGGACUGAAGGUUCAGUGGGCGUCCUCCGAUCCCCGUGCCAGUCGCUUCUCUUUACACCCAGGGGCUUGAGAGCAGGUCAGCGCGCUACUGACCCCUAGAGGUCAAAGGCCAGUCCCGCAGGUGUCCGAUCUGAGCUCACCGGGGCGCCUGGCCAGCAGGGUGCGCUGUAGCUGCCUUGCGCUCCCCUCAGAAAGCAGUGAAAGGGCUGGAGCAGCAGUGUGGAGUAGUGGUUAGGGCUGUGGACUCUUGACCGGAGGGUCGUGGGUUCAAUCCCAGGUGGGGGGACACUGCUGCUGUACCCUUGAGCAAGGUACUUUACCUAGAUUGCUCCAGUAAAAAACCCAACUGUAUAAAUGGGUAAUUGUAUGUAAAAAUAAUGUGAUAUCUUGUAACAAUUGUAAGUCGGCCUGGAUAAGGGUGUCUGCUAAGAAAUAAAUAAUAAUAUUUGUUUAUUUAGCAGACGCCUUUAUCCAAGGCGACUUACAGAGACUAUGGUGUGUGAACUAUGCAUCAGCUGCAGAGUCACUUACAACUACAUCUCACCCGAAAGACGGAGCACAAGGAGGUUAAGUGACUUGUUCAGGGUCACACAGUGAGUCAGUGGCUGAGGUGGGAUUUGAACCGGGGACCUCCUGGUUACAAGCCCUUUUCUUUAACCACUGGACCGCACAGCCUCCUAUGUCAGAAAUAAUCAUUUACAAAAUCAACGGCAUAAAAUAAUUCAAGCAGAACAAACAUUUCAAACAAUUGUAAUAGAAAAUAAAACCACUUCUCACCAGCUGAGCUGCUCAAGGUGGGGGGGGGGGCCAUGUUAAACACGUUUUCAGUUCAGUCGCUAUGGAAACGCGUGUCGUGGUUGUGUUCCCUGCACAGGUGCUGGCGAUGAGAAGGGUCCGGUCUGGCAGGACUGAGGGCAGCAAGGCUCCAAUCAGGUGGGUUGUGCGUGAGGACAUGACCAUUCAGAUCAAAGAGGAGGAGACUGAGCUGCAGUGUGACCAAGAGAGUCCCCAGGGCUCACAGCCGCCCCAGUUCCACACCCAAGAUGGCGACUCACAGCCGCUCCAGCUCCACACCCAAGAUGGCCGCUCACAGCCGCCCCAGCUCCACACCCAAGAUGGCCGCUCACAGCCGCCUCAGCUCCACACCCAAGAUGGUCACCCACAGCCAGCACCAUUCCACACCCAAGAUGGCCGUCCGCAGCCGGCACCAUUCCACACCCAAGAUGGCCGCUCACACCCAAGAGCAUUCCACACCCAAGAUGGCAGGCUUGACACGGCAGCCGGUCUCAAAGUAAAUGAGAUCACUGCAGGAGAAUCCACUGACGAGGAAGAAAGAACACCAUCCAGUAUCACUGUGACCUUGGAUGAAUCGGAGGCAGAGGAGCUGUGUUUCCCCUGCCCUCACUGCAAGAUCUCCUUCACUGGGGCUCAGUACCUGAACAAGCACAUCAAGAACAGCCACCGAGAGCACUUCACCCUGAUCCUGCGCGCGCGCUCCCACAACGUGGAGACACGCCCCUCCUGCUCCAGCCCCGCCCCCUCCUCCUCCUCCCCUCCCCUCCACCGCUGCGGGGAGUGUGGCAAAACCUUCCACCACUCGGGGGAUUUCAAACGCCACGUCCGGAGCCACACAGGAGAGGCUCCUUACCCCUGCCCCGACUGCGGCAAACGCUUCACCAACUCCGGCAACCUCAAGACCCACCGGCUGGUCCACACGGGAGAGACGCCCUUUCAGUGCCCGCAGUGCGGGAGGAGCUUUGGCCUCCUGGGGAACCUGAAGAUCCACCAGCGCAUCCACACGGGAGAGACGCCCUUCCAGUGCCCCCAGUGCGGGAGGAGCUUCAGGGAGUCCGGGAAGCUGGGCAUCCACCUCCGGAGCCACUCCGGAGAGGCCCCCUACCGCUGCUCGGACUGCGGGAAGACCUUCUCUCUCCUGGGGAACCUGAAGAUCCACCAGCGGCUCCACACCGGAGAGAUGCCUUACCUGUGCGCAGCCUGUGGGAAGAGAUUCACCUACUCCUACCAGCUGAGAACACACGCCUGCACGCUGUGAGAUUCACUUCCUUACCAGCUUUCAUUGGACUCUAUGAAGCUGAGUGAGUUCAUUCUAUAUAGAGGGGGUGGAAUUCAAUAUGUUAACAAGGGAACAUUAUUCAGCAGCUUUCACUGGACUCUAUGAAGCUGAUGGAGUUCAUUCUAUAUAGAGGGGGUGGAAUUCAAUAUGUUAACAAGGGAACAUUAUUCAGCAGCUUUCAUUGGACUCAAUCAACCCCCUUAUAAAAGUCCACCAUGGUAUUUCUGCAGUUUUCUCAUUCUUUUUCCCAUGGGUUUACUAUACAUUUACCACAGUCAACCUGGUUUAUUAAUAGUCUUCACCAUACCUCUCUGUGCUUCACAACGCCUGUGCUUUAUGAUGCUUUAUCGUGUUUAAGCUUUAUUACACUGUGCUGUGCUUUUACUGUGGGACACGUUUAUAAGGGACUCUGCACAAGAGUUGAAUUCCAUACAUCUGGACCCUCGAAAUUAAAACAGGGCCUCUCUCAACACAAGUGAAAAAAAAACUUCUAAAAUAAUUGAAUCUGUUCAGUCUUGAACAAAGAAGACUACGCGGCGAUCUGAGUCAAACAUUCAAAAUCCUAAAAGGUAUUGACAAUGUCAACCCAGGGGACUUUUUUGACCUGAAAAACAAGGACUAGGGGUCACAAAUGGAGAUUAGAUAAAGGGGCAUUCAGAACAGAAAAUAGGAGGCACCUUUUUUACACAGAGAAUUGUGAGGGUCUGAAACCAACUCCCCAGUAAUGUUGUUGAAGCCGACACCCUGGGAUCCUUCAAGAAGCUACUUGAUGAGAUUCUGGGAUCAAUAAGCUACUAACAACCAAACGAGCAAGAUGGGCUGAAGAUGUGGUCUGUAGAGAAAUUCAGUAGCUGUUGAAAUUUACAGCGAGGAGUUGAAGAUGUUUUUAUUUGUUAAUCUCUUAAUAAAAUGAUACACGCGUUG